AUGGCAUCGAUACCGCGCAAUAUCGAUCGAUCGACGCUAAGUUUCUUUGCAGCCGCCGGCCUGGCAUGCUCAACAAAGAUCGCCACGACUGCCAUCAUUACGCGACUGACUGCAACGUCUCUGCGCCGCCAAUCCAUCUUCCCUGUUGCUGCAGCUGCUUCAGCAUUCGACAUACUCUCUAUCAUCACGCUUCUCGUAGCCACGGCAUUUUUCCUUCGGCGAUCCUCACGAGCCUCCACCCUUUCAGCCUGGAUAUCUGGCGCGUCAAUAUGCCUCGUGGCUACCAUACUAGGUCUCGUUGCGCUUGUCUCAGCUUUGAAUGUGACCCGCGAUCAUGUCCUCGGAGACAACAUUAAUCAAUCGAGGGCCCACGACCUCGCCGGAGCCGGCAUUGCUAUCGAACUGAUCGCAUUGGUGCCGCAAUCAAUAUUCUACUAUCUCAUCUGGCCUCGCACGCCCAAAAGCCAAUCCGAGGUUCCCACCGUACACGUCCAAGAACGACAGUCGCCGUACUCCAUGAAGCCCCAAUCAAUAGCCGUCCAUCUGGGAUCGCUAGGGCCUAGCUCGCCAAAAUUCUUUGGUGUCAAGCAGAAUCAAGAGCCAACAUCUCCAUCACUGUCUGCAUUCACGUCCAGCCCGAGAUCCUCGCUAAGGCACUCAGCGAGCAACGCCUUGAAACCUAUGACAUCUCGAACUCGUCUACUACUGGGCACGUCCUGGUGCUCUACGAGAGAUGCACGAGAAAUCCACUCAACCGGCGAGGCUGCCACGGAAGCUGUGAGGAGCACUGACGAGUUCGAGAACUGGGAUACAUCAAAAGUGGACGACGAUUUUGACAAUUCUUUUCGAUCCAAAACACGACUAGAGACCAUCCCCGGCAGUCGUCCGGUUUCGCCCGCGCAUCCACUGAAUGGACCUUUCACCGGCGACGGAGAAGAAUUGCGUAAGCCGGUAUCUCCUGCGGAUACUCCAGUGGCUUCACCUUCAUCCGAGACAGGGUCUUUGCGCAACCUUCCGAGAUCCAUGUCGAUCCCAAGAAGAUCAAGUGCGCCCGACAACAGCGCAGACGAAUCCCACAUUCACCCUCUCUUCCGAACAGAAAGCCCGGCGCCUCCACCUUUGACAUCUCCAGGCACGAUAAUCACUGCUUCUCCGUAUGCUGGACAGAUUGUGUCACCGGAGGUGGCUUUGACAAGUCCGAGACUACUGGGCCAAGGCAGUCGUCCGGCAAGUCCGAUGCUCUCGCCAAUAAUACGUAGCAGACCCGGCAGUGUGAAGAGCUUCCGUGGAGGAUUGCCUACUUCACCGGCUGAUCAGGAGCCAAUGCCGUUGUCGCAGCUCAAUAUCAUUGCAAUGCGACAAGCUCAGUCACAAAGUCCGAUCAGCCCCAAUGACUGAAUAAUAUCACAUCGUGCCAUGCUAAUGGCAAGAAUAUCACCACAUACGAUGGCCUUCUAGGAGGACAGUGACGGGAAGCCCUUCGACUAGACGCUGGACCCAGAAUCUCGACACAUACGAGCGGACCUCCGAGAUGUCGACACGACAGUCACAGCUAGAACCAGAUCUCUCAUUCUGGAUACCUGUCAAACGCGUGAAAAUAAGUCUCCUCCCGCUCGAGAUAGUAGACAUAUGGAGGAGGGUCGGUUUGCGAGGAGUCUGGCAUGGUCCGAGUGGUUUCGAAGUUGCGUACACGACGAGGAAUGAGGUUUGCUAUAGAAGAAGAAAAAUCACGAAGACUUAAUGAGUGAAUGCUUCACAGCACAACACACAAGAAAAAAUAUGAGGAUCA